AUGGCAUUGGGCUUGGAAAUUAUGGAGGAUAUUGUUAUCGACGUAGUAGGGGAAGGACUCAAAGAUAACGGAGAGGAGCGACUCUUACCUCUGGAUGAGUCGCGGAGCGAGCAGGACCGCAACACGGAGGCUUUGUCACCCAGCAGCGAGGGGAAAGACCGGGACACAUGCAGCCCUGCACCGGCGUGUUCUACUCCUGGUAAAAGUAAAGGUCCAGCGUCGGUGAAGCCUCCAUACUCAUACAUAGCUCUGAUAACGAUGGCCAUAUUGCAGAGUCCAAAGAAACGCCUCACUCUCAGCGAGAUAUGUGACUUUAUCAGCCAACGCUUCGUUUAUUACCGGGAGAAAUUCCCCGCCUGGCAGAACUCUAUCAGACACAAUCUGUCGCUUAAUGACUGCUUUGUAAAGAUGCCCAGAGAGCCAGGAAACCCAGGGAAAGGCAACUAUUGGACUCUGGAUCCAAACUCCUCGGACAUGUUUGAGAACGGGAGUUUUCUGCGCCGGAGGAAGCGAUUCAAGCGGCAGCACUUUCGCUUCGACCCGCUCAAGGAGCAGCACCUGGAGCCCAGCGGACUGCACGGCUUCCCUCACAGCGCCUACGGGAUCGGGACUGCGGCUCUGCAGCUGCCCAGUCUGGAGAUUUACCCCUACAUCCAUCACCACGCACACUCGCCGUGCGCCCCCGCCACCAUCCCACCUGUCAGCAGCAUCCUGCCGGCUCUCUCCAGCUUCUUCUCCCGCAGCGCCCUCACAGCCAAGGCUUUUCUCCAGUCGCAGCCCGGCAUGGAAGCCUUCUCUCCGGCCCAAUGUACUGCUUACUCCUCUCCUCUGACCUCCAGCGCAGCCUACGCCUCCCAUGCGCUUUUCCACCCCGCUGCGUCCCCGCACUUCCUCAGUUUACAUCAGGAGUAUCAGAAAUUACAGACUCAGCGUGGCGUCGUCGACCUGGCCAAACACAUCAACAUUGCUAACAAUGAUUAA